AUGACUCAAGGUUGUUGUUUUCUAUCUGGUAUGGGAAAGGAGAACUCCACGGGUAGGCCUCUUUCAUCCAAAGUAGCACUCGCCGGAAAAGUCUUCCAACUAACAACUGUUUUGAUUGGAAAAGGGGGAAAACGGGACUCUUUUUUCACUCGUUCCAGCCAAAAAGAAAGUUCGGUCCUUCGGAAAGCUUCAGCCUUUGCAUACGACACUCCUGCUAGCAAGCACAUUGAGAAAAUAAAUGCACAGCGUCAAGCCGGUACAAAGGCCGUGGCCGGGAAAGGAGUGAAGGAAAGAUUUGAUCUUCUUGCCGGGAAAGAGUUUGCUUACCAAGUUCGCUUAUGGGCAGAGACUCAGGAACUGCUAUCUAAUAAAAGUCCGCCUAAGCUGACGAUAUUGAGUCUUUUGAAGCCGACACAGAUGAGGGGAUCCUUUUUUCUAAGACAUCGUAUAUCUGUCAGAGGACCACUCGUUACGCUAACCACUGCCCUCGAAGUGAAGUUCCCCAUAUUUAGGGAACGGUUGAACUCAUUAUGUCAUGCCCUUCUGGUUCGAUGCAGAAUAUCGCAUGCGGGAAUAUGGCUGACUAGAUUCCGUCAUACUGUUAGGAUAACCAAAGAGGAAGACGUUUCUGGAACGCAGUAG